GUCGGAUCGACCGUCAGUCAGUCCACAGCAUUGUCACGACGCACGCGGGAGGUUGUCCGGGAGCUGCGAAAUCCCCGCGGGGAGGGGAGGAGGCUCGCGGUGCCGGCAGCGGCGAGGUCCUGGAACGUUUAUCUUGACUGGAUAAAGUGAUAAACUUACCCAGUCAACGAAGGCUUCCCUGAGAUUCCAACGGCCUAGCAGUUCUUGUGGAUGAUGUUCAUUUGCCCUUAUCACUUGUACAGAUAAAACAACUACUUCUGUUCUUGUUCAGGACAAUGGUGACAUUGGGAACACUGCAUCUUCUGCUUGUGAGCCAGGAUUAGCUUUGGAGAAGCAGUAAAAAUGGUAAGGAAAGGCUCGGAAGUAUCAGCAAUUAAAAGGUAUCCCUUGAGAUCUGCACAUAGUAGUGGCAGGGUUCUUCGCUCUGCCUCAACCAAGAACGAUAAGGCAUGUAGUGAGCCUCUGAAUGAUAGUGCUGCUGCUCAACCAGCUGUGAAAAAAAGAAAAAGUGGCAGUCCGUCAGGGAGUCCCAAUAACAGUGUCAGGGUGCUUCGCUCUGCCUUGAAAGAUAAGGAUGAUGCAUGUAACAAGCCUCUAAAUGAUAGUACUGCUGAUGAACCAGCUGCAAAUAAAAGAAAAGGUGCUAGUCCCUCAAAGGUGGGAAGUUCCAAUAACAGUGCCAAGGUGCUUCGCUCUGCCUCAAAAGAUAAGGAUCAGGCAUGUAGCAAGCCUCUAAAUGAUAGUACUGCUGGUGAACCAGCUGCAAAUAAAAGAAAAGGUACCAGUCCCUCAAAGGUGGGAAGUCCCAAUAACAGUGCCAGGGUGCUUCGCUCUGCCUUAAAAACUAAGAAUGAAGCAUGUAGUGAGCCUGUAAAUGAUAGUACUGUUGCUCAACCAGCUGCGAAAAAAAGAAAAAGUGGCAGUCCCUCGAAGGUGGGGAGCCCUGUGAGCAGUGCCAGGGUGCUUCGCUCUACCCCAAAAAGGAAGAAUGAGGCAUGUAAUGAACCUCCAAAUGAUAGUGCUGCUUCUCAACCAGCUGUGAGAAAAAGUAAAAGUGGCACACCCUCAAAGAUGGGGAAUCCGAAGACUAGUGUCAGGGUGCUUCGCUCUGCCUCCAAAAAGAAGAAUGAUGCAUGUAGUGAGCCUGUAAAUGAUAGUACUUCUGCUCAACCAGCCGCAAGAAAAAGAAAAAGUGGCAGGGCCUCAAAGGAGCAGCGCAGUCCCAAGAAGGAGUAUUUAAAAAUUUCUCAAAGAGUUAGAUACAUUUUGAAUCGAAUGAACUAUGAACAAAGCUUGAUUCAGGCUUAUGCCAGUGAAGGUUGGAAAGGUCAAAGUUUGGAAAAAAUAAAACCUGAGAAGGAGCUUGAACGAGCCAAGGAAGAAAUUCUGCGAUGCAAGUUAAGAAUCCGGGAAGCUUUUCAGAAUAUGGAUUCUCUUUUAUCUGAGGGGAAGCUUGAAGAAUCUUUGUUUGAUUCUGCAGGAGAAAUUUCCAGUGAAGAUAUUUUUUGUGCCAUAUGUGGUUCAAAGGAUGUUACUUUGCAAAACGACAUCGUUCUUUGUGAUGGAGCCUGCGACAGAGGGUUCCACCAGAAUUGUUUGAAGCCUCCUCUGCUGACUAAAGAUAUACCUCCAGGGGAUGAAGGAUGGUUUUGCCCUGCAUGCGUGUGCAAAAUAGACUGUAUAGAUGCACUAAAUGAACUCCAAGGAAGCAAACUCUCUAUUCAUGACUCGUGGGAGAAAGUUUUCCCUGAGGCAGCUUCACUUGCAAAUGGUUCCAAACAUGUUGAUGCUUCUGAUAUGCCAUUGGAUGAUUCAGAGGACAAUCAUUACAACCCUGCAUUUGCUGAACGGCACAUGGUGAAUGAAGACAGAUCUUCUGCAGAGGAUGAGGGCAAAGUCGACGACCUUGGUUUGCCUUCGGAGGACUCAGAGGAUGAUGACUUUGAUCCAGCAGGCCCAGAUUCUAGUGAAGACCAAAAAAACAAAUCGGACUCAGAAGAGUCAGAUUUCACAUCCGACUCUGAUGAUUUCUGUGUUGAGAUUGUUAAAUCAUGUGGUCAGGAUGAAGCCUCGGUAUCUCCAUUAUCAAAAGUGAUAAAUCAUACUGAUAGAAUGAUUGCUGUUGCUAAUCACUCUAAUGGAGAAAAUUCAAACCAUUCAUUUAUGGAGAUGGAGCUAAAGCAAGACAUGGUGCUACCAGUUUCAAGUAGGCGGCAGGUUGAACGGUUGGAUUACAAAAAACUGUAUGAUGAGGCGUAUGGAAAAGAAUCAUCUGAUUCAAGUGAUGAUGAUGAGUGGUCUGGAAAAGAACAGCUAGAAGGCAGCGAAUCAGACUCACUUGGUGAGCCUUUUUAUCCUGCAAAACGGUGCUCUAAAAGAGCACCAGCUGGGCAGCAGAAUAAUGAACAUACUCCUCAGAGGGACCAAAUUCAUGGUUCUGUAAGUGAGCAGCAAACUGAAGUUCUUUGCUCCAAUGGCAGCAAUAGAACAGCCCGAAAAUAUCGUUUUGGUCCUAUAAUUAGUGAGAAAUUGAAGGUACAUUUUGAGAAAGAUCAAUAUCCUAGUCGUGCAACGAAAGAAAGUCUGGCACAAGAGCUAGGAUUGACAUUCAAUCAGGUCGGUAGAUGGUUUUCUAGUACUCGUCAUUAUUCAAGAGUUGCUUCUGCCAAAAAAGAGAAGCAUCCAGGCAACCAUACUUCUGAGAAUAAUGAUAGCACAACUGUAGAUAGCAUACAAGUGAGAGAACUCAAUGCUGGGGUGGUGGAAAAAUUGACCGCAGAUAGAAACGACAUGGUUUCCGAGAAUCCGAUGUUACGGAAUAAUCUUAACAAAUGUAACAAAGAAGAUAUCCUGGUCUCUGGAACAGAGAUUGAGAUGGAGCCGUAUGGAAAAGAAUCGUCUGAUUCAAGUGAUGAAGAAUGGUCUGUACUUAGCACACCACGAAAAGAAAGGCUAGAAUACAAUGAAACAGAUUCACUUCCUGAGUCACUUCGUGCUGCAAAACGGUGUUCUAGAAGAGCACCAGCUGGGCAGCAGAGUAGUGAGCAUACUCCUCAGAGCGAGCGCCUUCAUGGUUCUGCAAGUGAGCGUCAAACUGAAGUUCUUCUCUCCAAUGGUAGCAGUAGCACAACCCGGAAACAUCAUUUUGGUCCUAUAAUUAGUCAGAAACUGAAGGUACUUUUUGAUAAAGAUCCAUAUCCUAGUCGUGCAACAAAAGAGAUUCUAGCACAAGAGCUAGGACUGACAUUCAUUCAGGUCAGUAAAUGGUUUUCUGCUACUCGUCAUUGUUCAAGAUUUGGUGCAGCCAAGAACAAAAAGCAUCUGGGAAAACAUACUACUGAGAAUAAUGAUAGCAAAACUUCAGAUAGCAUACAAGUGAGAGAAUCCAAUGUUGGGUUGAUGGAAAAACUGACUGCAGAUACCAAUGACACGAUUUCGGAGAAAUUGAUGUUCCAAUUUAAUCUUAACGAAGAAGAUAUCCCAGACAGUCAAUAUACCUGGUGCGAACAGAAAGUGAUUAUGACUCCCACCACUAUUUCAAGAGAAGUCGGUCCACCAGGAUAUGGGCCUGGAGAAAACCAGGGCAAUGAUGGUUCAAGGAAUACAAGCUGUGAGCAGGGUGUGGUUAUGACUCCCACCACCAUCUCAAGAGAAGUUUGUCCGCCAGGAUAUGGUCCUGGAGAAAAUCAGGGCGAUGGUGGUUCAAGGAAUACCAGCUGUGAGCAGAGAGUGGUUAUGACUCCCACCAUCAUCUCUAGAGAAGUUGGUCCGCCAGGAUAUGGGCCUGGAGAAAACCCAGGCAAUAGCACUUCAUGGAAUACGGUCUGCGAGCAGCGAGUGUUGAUGAGUCCUAUGACCAUCUCAAGAGAUGUCGGUCCUCCAGGAUAUGGGCCUGGAAAAAACCAGAGCAAUGACGUUUCAUGCAAUACAAGCUGUGGUGAGCAGGGAAUGUUUACAGGUCCUUCGACCAUCUCAAAAGAAGUUGGCGCGCCAGGAUAUGAGCCUGGAGAAAACCAGGGCAAUGGCGCUCCAUGGAAUACGACCUUGCAAGGAAUGUUUGCUCCUACAACCAUCUCAAGAGAAGUUGGCCCGCCAGGAUAUGGCCCUGUAGAAAACCAGGGAAUAGGUGGUUCAAGGAAUAUAAACUGCGAGCAGAGAGUGGUUAUGGCUCCUACCACCAUCUCAAGAGAAGUCUAUCCGCCAGGAUACGGGCCUGGAGAAAACAAGGGCAAUGGCGCCUCAAGGAAUGUCGGAAGCCCAAAAGGUAGGCCUGUCGAGAAGGUAGAACUUUCAGAUGAGGCUAGGAAAAAGGCAAUACUGCGGGAGCUAAGGAGAAGGCAGAAGUUCAGGUGAUGCUCGCGAUGUGAACUUUUUGAUGCUGCGCAACAGAUUUCGACCCCGAAUUACUGAGACUGCAGAUCCAGUCUUGAUGGCUAAUGAGUGACGACCUUAGUUGUGGAGAAGCAAAACCGUUCUUGUUGUAACAGUUGUGUAUGUUCCUUUAGAGCCUUGCUUGGCUCACAUCUAGAAUUUGUGAUGGAAACCUCUUGAACCUGAAGCAUCUAUUUAACGUGCUGUGAAUUUGUGCAA